CCUACACGUCUCGUUUAGAUUAAAUAGGCUUGACAGAAAAAUGCAAAACAAGUUUCAUUUCAACUUGCUUGUUCUUAUGUUUGCAUCAUCAAGAGCUUUGCAGCCAAUCAUCGAUAAUAGAAUAUUACAAGCUUCAGAUGGGGCGAUGGUUUUGCCGAGUUUCGAACCGGAGAUUCCCGAGCACUGCCAGAACCACAACCUUUGCGACGAAGUACCCAACUACCCACACGAGUACAUUGAUCGCUUGCUGGAAAACAAUGCUACGGUGAGGAGUGCAUUGUUUUUGAUGACGGGUGGAUAUGGCGACGCCAGAGGGUGCAAGGCUAACAAAGAUCCCGUCAAAGUGGAAGUAUGCCCAUCCAGGAUGCACUGGGUUGAAGCGAAGGCUGGUCGAGACGCGAGUGGCCGCUGGUAUUUUCUAGUUGGUGCGCAACCGCUCUGUGAGGAGCUGUGCAUAGAGCCAGACAGCCCAUGCGCCCACCCUGACAAAAGUGACAGUCCCCUCACCGUGCCCAAGGGGUACAAAGCUACUUGCAAGCAACAUGUCAUACGAACGCCCAGAGCGGCGCUAGGUAAAGAUGGUGCGUUAAUCGUUAUCCCAUUCCCUGUAUAUGCUGGAUGUUGCUGUUAUAUUACACAAAUUGUACAUCAUUUUGAUUAAAAAAUCUGGGAACUACAUAAGUAGAUAAAAUUCUCAUAAUAUGAAUAAUUGGGUUUUUACAUGAUAUUGAUAAGUUAAGUAAGUUGAGUCAAGCAAAAUAACCCAUAGUUUUCACAUGUGUUGACAGUAUUAUGAAACAUAUCGCAAUCAGAACUUGUUAAAAAAUGUAAAAUAGAUAUUACGUUUUAGUAUUUCGAAUCAGCCGUUCCCUUUCCUCUUAAUCCUGUCGCGUGGUGCAAACAAAUAAUGUCACACUUGCAGACAUCCUCGUUGAUUUCAUUGCCCUCAGGUCCAUAAAAGGGUAAUACGAGAAAAACAAAUGAUGUUUGUGAUAAUAAGCUACACAGAGCGUAAUUUUUAUAACUGCCAAUCUUGUUGGGCUAUGUAAAAAAUAUCAAAUAAUACUUAGCAGAAUUUUACCUAUACUUUACCUUUUCAUUCUGUCUUUAAAGUUUCAGUCACAUCCUUAUAUAUUAGCGGUUAUAACAAUUACACCCUGUAUUAACCAGUGCGUCGAGUCGAUUAGCGAGGCGCAAAUCAUGAUUAUAUAAUAUAGGUAGGUACAUUUGUAUCAGAUUAAUUUUGGUGCAUUUAGUCUUAUUAGAAGUAUAAGGAGUUUAUUUAUUUCUAUAUAUUUUUGAUACGUAUAGAUAGAUUUGAUAUCGUAGGAUUAUUAGCUUGUAUUUAAUUCAGCUGUGCGUAGUGUAAGUAAGUUAGGUGGCUAAGAAACACAGUGUGAAGACACCUACGAUAGAACAUUAUUAGUGAUAUACUUAGUUUAGUUAUAAUUUAAGUUUCUUAUUUGUAAUGGAGUUAUUUUUAAACAUAAGUACCAAAGUGAUAAUUUUUAAGACAAUAAAAUAAACAUAAAAAUUAUAAUAUAAACUGAAAACUACAAAGAGACUUUAAAUAAGGACCUUAUAAAAAAGUUCUUUAAGUUUACCUUGGACCCACAAAAUACCAGGCAUCCCAGCCCAAUAAGAAUUGAAAAUAAUAUAUACACGCGCGGUGUAACACGAGAAAACAGAAUAAUUCAACAACGUAAUCUUGAUCACAUUUCAAGACUAAAAUUUUCUUUUCAGGUUAUACAACAACUUUGCCCCCUUUUAAAACAAUAGAUUAUUUGUUUUAGAAGGGGGCAAAUAACUAUUUCACCUUGGCUAGGGACAACGAUCUGUAUCAUACUAGAUCAAUGUAACUUGUGUAACAUAUUCUGAUAUUCCUUAGUAAAUAUUAUUGUUUUUUGCCUUUGUGGCACUAUAAGUGUUAUCAUACUAUACUGUCAUGUGUUAUAGGACAUUUUCAUAAUUUGGGACACCCUAAUUAGCGUAGUUGUUAACAAAAAAUAACUCGCUGUCAAUUUUGUGACGACAAUUAAGCAUAAAUUCUGUCUAAA